AUGGCCUUAUGCUUUCAACCUCCAAGACCAAGCCUGGAAGAAGAUUCAGUUGUACUCUUCUCGACGUCCGGCUCGCCUGAAGAGUCCACCAGUCUGUCCUCUUCCUCACACCACUCCCCAUUACAAAAUCACCAAUCCAAAUCUGUCAACAAAUUAUGUAUAACCAAUCUUUCCUACACUAUACACCGAAAUUCGUCAAUAUCCACCAUGAUUUUCCGUGGAAGGAAGAGGGAUAAGCCGAUCAACAUUCUGAAAUCGGUCUCUUUCACAGCAAGAAGUUCUGAGAUUCUAGCUGUAGUUGGCCCAAGUGGCACCGGAAAGUCUACUCUCUUACGAGUUGUUUCUGGGAGGGUAAGAAACAGAGACUUUGAUCCGAAGAGUAUUUCACUUAAUGGUCAUGAGAUAACUAGUCAAGCUCAGCUGAGGAAGAUAUGUGGAUUUGUUGCUCAAGAUGACACUUUACUUCCUCUACUCACUGUUAAGGAAACACUGAUGUUUAGUGCAAAGUUUAGGCUCAAAGAAAUGAGCGACAGAGAGAGAGUAGACCGAGUCGAGGGCUUGAUGCAAGAACUCGGCCUUUUUCACGUGGCUGAUAGUUUUGUAGGAGAUGAGGAAAACCGAGGGAUUUCAGGUGGAGAAAAAAAGAGGGUAUCAAUUGGCGUAGACAUGAUUCACGAUCCGCCUAUUUUACUCCUCGACGAGCCAACUUCAGGACUAGAUAGUACUUCAGCUCUUCAAGUUAUCGUGUUGCUUUCCUCCAUGGCUCAAGCUAAACAAAGAAUCAUGGUCUUGUCUAUUCACCAGCCAAGCUAUAGGAUUCUUCAAUACAUAUCCAAAUUCUUGAUCCUUUCUAAUGGCUCUGUAGUCCACAAUGGUUCACUUGAAUCAUUGGAAGAAACUAUUACAAGACUGGGAUAUACAAUUCCGGUGCAAUUAAAUGCCCUGGAGUUUUCCAUGGAAGUUAUUUCCAGGUUAGAAGAGUCAUACUCGAAAAUUCUUGUCUCUGGUGAAGAGGAUAAAACACGAAAACAGGUUUCCUGUUUGAUAUGGAAAAAAGAAGUCGAUGUAGUUCAGGAAUUACUCGUUGACAGACAAACAGCAGGUGAUACUUACUAUUUGAGAUUUUUUGAGAUAAUGGUGCUUUGUGUUAGAUUUUGGAAGAUAAUCUAUAGAACAAAGCAGUUAUUCUUGGCGCGAACAAUGCAAGCCAUUGUAGGAGGGCUCGGGUUAGGGAGCGUUUAUAUAAAAGUUAGGAACGACAAAGGUGGAGUCGCAGAACGUUUAGGGCUAUUCGCGUUUAGUCUUAGCUUUCUUCUAUCUUCGACAGUUGAAGCCCUUCCGAUUUACCUUCAAGAACGACAUGUUCUGAUGAAGGAAGCAUCGCGGGGAACUUACAACACUUCCUCGUACCUAAUUGCCAAUACCAUAAUCUUCUUUCCCUUUCUAUUCGUAGUGGCCAUUCUUUUUUCUGUCCCAUUAUAUUGGAUAGUAGGACUUAAUCCCUCGAUUUCUGCUUUCAUAUUUUUCAUGUUUGUGGUUUGGCUUAUUGUACCGAUGGCAAGUUCUUUGGUGCUGUUCUUGAGUGUUGUUUCUCCAGAUUUCAUCUCGGGGAAUUCUCUGAUUUGCACCGUUCUUGGCGCGUUCUUUCUUUUUUCUGGCUACUUCAUUCCGAAAGAGUUCAUUCCAAAAUACUGGCUUUUCAUGUACUAUGUAUCGCUUUAUAGGUAUCCGUUGGAUUCCCUGCUUACGAAUGAGUAUUGGAACGAGAGACACGAAUGUCUCUCUAGAAUUGGUGGUCAGUCGGAAUGCAUGCUCACGGGAAGGGACGUGUUGAAGAGUCGAGGACUUGACAAGGACAUGAGAUGGGUCAAUGUUGGAAUAAUGUUGGCCUUUUGCGUGUUUUAUCGCGUUCUUUCUUGGAUAAUUCUUGCAAGGAGGGUGUCAAAAACAACCGUAUGA